AUGCUUCAUCUAGACGGCAGCACGCUCGAAGGCGGCGGCCAACUCGUGCGCAUCGCUGCCGCCCUAUCAGCUUUGACCGGGAAACCGCUGAGUAUCAGCCGCAUACGCGCGAACCGAAGCGGCUCCAAGGGGCUGAAGGCCUCUCACUGUGCAGCCAUAAAAUUCUUGCUUGAUGUCUGUGGAGGGACCGCGGUGGGGAACCAGGUUGGGCAUCAUGAACUCUCCAUCUACCCAAGGGGACAGAAGACCGGGAGGAGCAGUUUGCAGACCAAGCGGGAAGACAACAAUGCGAAUUCAGACCUGAGAAAGUCGGCGGCGUCUUUACAGCAGCUAUCACUCACUUCUCUGUACUCGUCACCGCGUGUCACAGUUAAAUCAGAGUAUGACAUACGCCUAUCAACACCGGGCUCGGUCUUCUUAAUAUUCCAAGCGCUCUAUCCGUACCUUUUGUUUGCCGGCGCAUGCACGCCGACAAUAGAAGCCGAUGCUGGCACUUCAGACACGGUACGGGAGCAUCCAAAGGGAAUACGGGUAAAUAUCACAGGCGGCACGCAUGUGUCAUUCUCCCCGUCGUACGAUUAUAUAUCCCAAGUGUUGAUUCCAAAUUUCGCGAAAUUUGGGCUCCCUCCUUUAUCUAUGGAGCUGAAGAAACGCGGCUGGGCCACAGGCCAAUGGGCAGAAGUAGGGGCAGUGUCGUUGGUUAUUUCACCCUUAUCGGCAAAUGGGACGCCGUCUAGGUCUGACACCAUAUCAUCACCGUCGCACGACAGUGGCAGAGCUCAGGCCGAAACACCCCCUGUAGUAUUCCCGAGCAUCGAGCUGGAUGCGUUUGACAAAGGAUUUAUCACGCAAAUAGAUGUGACAAUCCUCGCACCUGAUACCCUUGCACAGAAGCUUCUAAAGGAACUUUCUGCAAAGUCGGCCAAGGGCCGCAACAGGGACAAGAAGUUGCAGAAGAAGGCAGUUCUUUGCCAUGACCCAUCCGGGGUCCGAAAUCCGUAUCGUGAGCAGGAAACUUCGGAGGACGGAGACGAGUACCUUAGUAACGCCGGAGAGCAAGCAGCGUGUAUGGGUGAUGCCUGUAACAUGAAGCAAGGACCACCUCAAACGGCUCGAGAAUUCAUCCAGCUGGAAACUAUCAGGACGUUAUCCAGAGAGCUCAAUCGUCAGGUCAACAGAGAACAAAGCGUGUUACCAACCACACCAGAGAUCGACGAUGCAGAAGUCGAUGAGAUGCAGUCACAUCGUAUUAAUAUUGGUGACGUGGUUGUUAAUCUGCAUACAUCAGAGGCAACGUCCCACUACUCACAGACCUAUAUCCUCCUAGUCGCCCACACAUCGACGGGGUUCCGUCUGGGGAGAGACGCACUUUAUUCGUCAUUCCACCAUGGGCCAAGUAGGAGUGAUUCCAAAACAGGGAAGAAGGCUAGGAAAGGGUCUGCUAGAUCCAGUGCAGACAGUGGGAAUAUCCUGCUGAGAAUGAAGGGCAUGAUCGAUCAAUGCGUGACAGACCUAAUGGAUGAAUUCGAAAGCCAUCCAGGAGACCAGGGGCAGGGCAGACGGAUAAUCAUACCGAAGAAGGCAGUUGAUGUAUAUAUGAGGGAUCAGCUCGUUGUAUUUGAAGCGCUUGGAAGAUUGACCCAUCCUGGUCCCCAUCUAUCGGCGGGCGGGGAGCAGCGGGACGAGGAGGGAGUUAGCCUCCAUACUCGCACCGCAAAGUGGGUAUGUGAACAGAUACUUGGAUGUCCAUGA